GACGGAUCACAAUCUCUGUCAGAUCGAAUAGUGAUAGCAAGCAAACCAAAGGGUGAAGUCAGUGCGUCUGUGUGUGACGGGAACGGUGAUAUUUGCCGGCUCUAGUAGGCCUUGAUAGACUCUAAGGUGAUUUGCGGCUGUUAAUCUGACGUAGUUCGCCAAAGGGCAAGACUGUUUUCAAACGUGUUGUUUGGGUUUAGACAGAUUGCGUAGCCCCCUUCGACCAACGACAACGACGUGCUUAAGCGCAUAGAUCAGGAAAUUUCGGUGCCGUCACGACGACGCCGGAACAGCAGCGAUAAGAGUUCGCCGCAUCUUUUCGUGAGAAACAAGAACCAAAACAAAACCCCUCGUUAUCGGUUGGUACCCGGGAAGUACGGAUGCUGCUGGUUAGUGCUGGAUUUUGGUCAGAUUACGUCGACGCGAUCGAAGAUGACACACUUGAAUUGGGUGCCCCAGAAUCGAUAAGUGGACGAGCGACGCCUGCUUCGAUCAGUGUUGAUCGCGACUUGGAAGCAACCAGACAGAAUAAAUCCAGGCAAAUUACCGCAGCUGUGAAAGUGAAACUGAUUACCUUCUGAAGAAACUAGCACCGAAGUGAAACGUUGAAGCGUUGAAGCUUUUCAAACGGAGUUUGUCUUACCAGCAAAUGCAUAUCAAGUGUUCUUGCGUGAAAAAUCUAAUCGGAAGAGUAACUGCUCGCUUCUACUGGGUUGUAGUUCUGGACAAGGGCUAAGCGCAGUUCGCUAACGAUGGCACCGAAUAUCUACGAUGUCGAAACUGCUCCACUGUUGGAUGAAAACAGUAACAAUCAAAGGUUAAAGCCGUCUCCUUUGGAUGCCGCACUGAACGGUAACAAAACGUUGUUCUACGGUUCAACGAUCAACAAAUGGCAGAAGAUAAUUCGCUACGAUCCGCUACAGCACCGGAAACUGGACAACCCAACUACUAACCUGGACACCUUGAUGCACAUGUUGAAUGGGAAUCUCGGAACCGGUAUCCUGGCGAUGCCAAAUGCGUUCAAAAACUCCGGCCUGUACGUGGGACUGUUUGCCACUCUGAUCAUGGGAGUGAUCUGUACCCAUUGCAUGCACAUCUUGGUGAAAUGUUCGCACGAACUCUGCCGGCGCUAUGAGGUACCGUCAAUAUCCUUUUCGGAACUAGGUCGGUACGCUUUCGAGUCCGGCCCGAAUGCUCUCUACCGUGUCGGUCGCCUGAUCGGGGUUCUGAUCAAUUGCUUUCUGAUACUGAUGCAGAUUGGUUUUUGCUGUGUAUACUUCCUGUUCGUGGCCGUCAAUCUGUGCGACUUCCUGGCAUACGUAUCGAUCGAGGUUGACGUUUUCACCGUGCUGCUGUGUCUGCUGGUGCCGAUGAUCGCAAUGAACAUGAUCCGAUCGUUGAAAUAUCUCACACCAACCUCGCUGGUAGCGUCCGUCCUGGCGAUCUCCGGAAUUACGAUCGCAUUCAUGUUCCUACUGCAGGAUCUACCGCACAGCAGCUCGGUGACACCGAUAUCCGAAUGGAGCACAAUGCCACUGUUUUUCGGGACGGCCAUGUACGCCUUCGAAGGAAUCGGUGUCAUACUGCCUCUGGAGAACAACAUGAAAACACCGAAGGACUUUUGCCGUUGGAACGGAGUGCUGAACACGGGCAUGACCAUCGUUGUGUGCCUGUACUCGUCAGUCGGAUUCUACGGAUAUCUCAAGUACGGCGAUGAAGCCCAAGGUAGCAUCACGCUCAAUCUGCCCAGUGAAGAAUUUUUGGCGCAGUCGGUCCGGCUACUGAUGGCGAUCGCUGUGUUCGCCUCCUACGCACUACAGUUUUACGUUCCUAUGACCAUCGUAGGGCCAACGGUACGCAGCUGGUUCGGGUCUCAGAGUGCCAAAAGUGCGGCCGAGUGUACCGCCCGAGUGGCACUGGUUCUGCUUACCUUCACGCUGGCAGCGAUCAUUCCCAAUCUCGGAGCCUUCAUCUCGCUGGUCGGUGCGGUUAGUACCUCGACACUGGCUCUGGUGUUUCCACCGAUCAUCGAAAUCGUAACCUACUGGCCGGGUCGGAAGUACGGCACCGGGAACUGGAUCCUCUGGAAGAACAUUGCGAUCUGUGCGUUCGGUCUGGUAGGAUUCUUCAUCGGAACGAGCACGAGCGUGGUGGAAAUCAUCACAAAAUGGGAAUAGUGGAGCAAAGUGAGUGAUACUUUAGAAUUGGCUUUGGGCACCAACCAAACCGCACAGUGUUCAAAUAAUAUGAGAUUUUUUUUUUCGAGGGAAAGAAAUCAGUUGUCCGGAUAAUCAAUUUCCUAGUGAUUUGUAACUUGUUAAGAGUUCAAUAGGCUUAAGAUAGAACGUAACAGGAGAAUAUUUAGAUGGAUUGUCAGAAUCAAGAAAAAAUAUUUGUGAUAAUAUUGAUAAACUUUAUAGGUGACUUUAUUAAUGUUAGUGGAAGCGAUCGAAUCAUAGUAGGCGAAGCGCCAUAAAUUCGUGAACGGCAUUGUUUAGAUUAUGCUUAAUUAUUUUAAAUAAACGAAAGAU